AUGCGACCUGCCGCCUUCUUUCCCCCCGCGGGGCUACUGCUGCUCUGCCUUGGUGGUGGCUGUGGGGUGGCGGCAUGCUGGGGCCGACGGCGCAGCCGACGCCUCCUCUUUCUCGGUGGCGGUGCUUGCAUCGUUAGUGUACUCUACGUGGGCAGUGUAAGUUUAGCAUUCGACUCGAUCUCGGGUCCACUGCGAGUGGAGACGCGCUACGUUUACUCGUUUGGCGCAGCUUUUCGUCUCUGCAUCGGGGCCUUUGUGCUUAGCGAGUUCGCCGGCGUCUUCGUCAUCCACCUUUUCCUCGCCGAACUGCGACACAGACAAAACCAACGCAACAAAGCCCGCGCUUUCAGCUACAACAUGAUGAACAGCGUUUCAACCGACCUCCUCUCGCCCUCGCACAUCCCCACCGCUACAACGUCAGUUGCUCAAAUAUCUCUCACCGAAAAUUGCCUUGACAAAGUCAAACCCGAAGAUACACCCUUUCUCUCCACAUAUCGACGACCUCCAGUGCCCAAAAGCAACCACUUUGCCAUCGCCAACCACAUCACCAACUCAAUGCGCGUGAAGGUCAUCCCCUAUACCAAGACUUCAAAUACCAAAAUUCAAGUGCCCGAGGUAUUUGCGCACAGUCUUGAGUCGCCUGAGCAGACAGAGAUUGGCAGCAACAGCAACCAUGAUGAGUCCGUGCGCUGGGCUGCGGUGAAACGCCGUAGAAUGGUAGAUUUGACGGCGGAGUCGAUGAACAGCAUUCUCUCCGUCGGACGACUGAGACGAGGCAAUGCUAGAAGUGCCAGCAACAUUCGUACCAAGGAGGAGAUCCCGGAUUUUAUUUCCUGUCACAAGUCCACACGAAGUUCGAAACAGCUGCUUUACUACUCCUGUCGCCAAUGUGAACAAAUGGUGAAACAGCAGCAGCAGCAACAGCAACAACAACAACAGCGACACCAGCAGCAUCAAGAGGACACUCCAACCCCAAACAGUAGGCGAUCACCCAACUUUCACCGGAUGCCCACCUCAGAGAGCACUUCCUCUACCUCUAGUGAUUCCAUUACGCCUUCGGUUUCCGUCAGCUAUUCCUCAUACUCCGAGAGUGAGGAGAAGCUCUCUGAUAAACUCUACUGUGACCUAUCGCCUCGACGGCUGUCACGCUCACAGUGUCUACGUCAGCCUGGCACUGAAGCCCACAAGAGGCGAUUUGCCUGUAGCGGCAGCAGCAAAAACCAUCUCCCCGCCAAUCUGCAGCGAGUAGAGGAUUCUACCGCCUCAGAGUCGGAGCGACGCAGUGCUGAACCCUUAUCCACUGCGAUCUGUCGCUGUCCGGACAGCUGCUCGGGCGCCGAGACACUAGCCUCGCUGUCAGAGGCUCUAGCCUACAGCCCCACAAGCACACUUGACACUCCUAUGCAGCGGCCAAAGAAGCGAGCCAAGCCCUACCAACAAGUCACCUCCAUCUAG